AGCAGACUUCAGUGUGAAUGCCUAACUCAGUCCGACCAAGCCCAUAGGCCUCAACGGUAUUUAAGUUUCAUCCUGGUCAAUGAAUCACAUCUUUUGUUGCCUAUCACUCUGGCUCUUCUGUACUGGCCUUAUGGCAAAGAAAUUAUAAUAUCAGAAGCCUGACAGACAUUUGUUUCCAGUCAUGGGUGACUGGUCUUAUAUGUCCUCACUGCUAGACAAGGUCCAGUCUCACUCUACUGUGGUGGGGAAGAUCUGGAUGACCGUCCUCUUCCUGUUUAGGAUCUUUGUCCUGGGUGCUGCUGCAGACAAAGUCUGGGGAGACGAAGUGUCAGAGUUCCAUUGUGACACCUUGGAACCAGGAUGUAAACAUGGCUGCUACAACUGGAUGUUCCCAAUAUCCUACAUUCAUUACUGGGUCCUGCAGAUCACCUUUGUGUCAACACCUACCUUAGUCUACCUAGGCCAUGCUGUCCACAUCAUUCACAAAGAGAAGAGGAUGAUGGAAAAGCAGCGGGACAGCACAAAUGGAACUGUACUUAGGAAGCCAAGGUAUACAGAUGACAGAGGGAAGGUAAAGAUAACAGGCAUCCUCUUUUGCACUUACAUGACCCAGCUGAUCGUCAAGAUCAUCCUGGAGGUGGGAUUCUGUGUGGGCCAAUUCUACAUCUUUGGCACUGUGUUCAUAGUCUCCUACUUCCACUGUACUAUAUCUCCACCUUGUGCCCGUUUCAGUGGUGCCCAGUGUUACAUUUCUCGUCCCACCGAGAAAACAAUUUUUGUUGUCUUCAUGCUUGUGGUUUCAGGCAUUUCGGUGAUCCUCAACAUCAUGGAGAUAAUCUACCUGCUCUGUAACAAGAAGAGAGACACCAGGGAAAUACGUCAAGCUCAGCAGCAUGUGCUCAUCUCACAGCAGUGCCCUUCCAACCCAGCUUGGGGAAGCAUGAGCAACAAGCAUGGCGGGUUCCCAUUGUUGCCUCUACAAACCCUGGGUAUGACAGGCCUCUGCAAUGAUGACAAACACAUUGAAUCUGUCAGUAAAGAGAAGGACACCUGAUACAUGAAUUAUACAUUAUACACUUUGGAUGUUUCUUGUUAUUAUUUUUCUUAAGUUACUCUCUACAUAUUUACUUUAAAAAUUAAAAUAAAUAAAAAAUCACAAUACUGCACUAUAAUGGUCAAUAACACUAGCUCCCAGAACCUGGGGGAUGGGGCCUGGUCAGCCCUCAAAAAGACAUUGGAAGUGAUCUGAGUAUUACAUUGGAUGAUGAGAAUUUAUGCCAAAAACUAUGCCACGCGAUGUGAGAGUGCGCCUAAUUUCAGUUCAAGAUUAUGCAUCACUUCUAUUGGUUGGAUUGAAGGGACCCAGGUUACAUUCAGCCCAAUGUUAUUUGUUCUAGAUAUUGAUCAUUCCUUACAUGAAUAUAUAAGCACAUACAAAGUUGGGUCCAAACUAGUUUAAUGAUAGUCAGACAGAUUAUUUUAAGAGGAUGGGGUAGGAAGGGGUGCCUUCAAUUCAAGAGUGGGUUUGUGAGAUGGUUAGGGUGGCAGCAUUUGAAAAGAUGUCAUACAAACGGUUUGCCAAAUUGGAUUUCUACACAGGAAAAUGGGGAAAGUACUUGAGCUUUCGGGAGUGCUCCCAAUAAGUUUAUAGGAUGUAUAUUAUGUGUUUAUGGUGUUGUCAUUAUACAUAGGUUUAUUUGUUUUACAGUUUGUUUAUUGUGUUAUUUUGUUGUAUGGAUGUAAUCACAAAUAACACCACCUCCACAGUAUCAGACAUGCUAAGUGGAAGAUAUACAGUUCCAAUGAUGAAGUGGAUUUGGAACAAUUUAUUUCAGUCAUUCUUCAGUAAAGGUCAUUGAAGUCAAUCUGUUAUCAUGUGCACCAUAUUUAUAAUAUGUCAUAUUUGUAUUGAGAAUAUGCAAUAAAUGUCUACACUUUGCAACAGUGUGUUAUCAUAAGCCAUUAGCUUACUAAAGAACUAAUCAUUUACCCAUAAUUCAAAUUGUUUCUUAAUUAUUAGUAAAGAAUUUAGUGUACCAUUAAACUGUUGGAAGUCAUUAAUAAACCAGCUGCUCUGAUGUGAACCCAGUUGUGAAUAGAUGGCAGUAGCCAUUCUCAAAUGCGGUUGAGGAAUGUUACUUAGUACGUUUACUCAAGUACUUGAGCAUUUCCAUUUUAUGCAAAUCCCCCAUAUCUAACAAGCAAAUAUUUUACUUUUUACUCCACUACAUUUGACGGACUGUAUUAGUUACUUUUUAGAUAAAAAGUAUUUAUACCCAUCUUUUGCAUUGAAAACAGUAGCAGUAUCAGCAGUAUCACAGCAGUAUCUCCAAAUUUGGUGCUUUUUUUUUGAACUUUUUAUUUAUAUUUUUCACAGAACAAAACAAAAGGAAAAUUAUCUGAGACAAGUGAUAAAGUAACAGGAGAAAUGCGGAGGAAAAUAAUUAUAAUAAAUAAAAAUAUUCUGUAUAUAUAUAUUGCUGCACCUAAUAUGAAUGUUCACAUCUCAACAAACAUGAUCCAAUAAUAUACAGCCAUAUAAUGAUAUAAAAUAUAUAAUGUAUAAAAAAAAAUAUAUAUAUUCUUUAACCAUGUGCCAUCUCUGAUUAAAAAGGUCAGAUUUCAAUUGUAAUGAUGCAGUCAUUUUUUUCCAUCAUAUAAAUCUGCUUUAGUCUCUGUUUCCAUUCAGUUACAGUUGGUGAUUUCACAGACUUCCAAUUAGCAGUAAUGUUUUUUUUGGCAAUUAGUAGUAAUACACGUAAAAUAUAUCUUUGGUCAGCAUUGAAAACAUCAACUGAUAUAACACCCAGCAAGAAAAAACGUACAUUUGAGGGAACUUCUCUUUUUACAAUUUUCUCCAUCUCUUCUUUAAUAUUUUUCCAAUACGCCAGGAUUACUGGACAGGUCACCUAUUUUACCACAUUGUCUCCAGCAUAAAGCUGUCUUUUACAAAAUUUGAAAUAACCAGAGGAGUAUGAAAAUAACGUAUUUUAAUUUUCCAUUCAAAUUCCUUCCAAUGUUGACUAUUAACUCCCUUAUGGCACCUAUAACGUUUAUCCCAUAACACAUCCUCUAUUACUAUAUUAGCUUCUAUUUCCCACUUUUCCUUAAUACUGUAAGUGUUUCCAACCAUGUCUGUUAGCAAUCUGAUAUAAAGAUGAGAAACAUGUUUACAGACAGGGAGGCGUUUUUCUGAAAUUGUGAUAAAAUAUUGUUCUAUGUCA